CUGCGACAGAAGGCGAUGCUGAAAAUGUCAUUCUGUGGCCUGGCUCUAAAUAAAAGCGAUGCUCAUUUAGACCGAUCGGACAAAACCCGGAGAAUUGUAGAGUUUGACUUUAUCGUAAGAAACGUCGCACUGAUCAGAUCUUACCUGGGAAAAAAAGAAGAUGUCGGAGAUUUAAAUUCGCCGGUGGAUUCCUUAAUUUGAUCAUGCAGAAUAAUCUGGAAAAUAAGAGCUGAAACGAAUCUUCUGGACUGCUGCUGUAUCAGGAACAAACCAGCUGGAUAAUUAUACAGUCGAUUUCUUUGCGGAAAUAUAGGUGAUAUUACUCGUGUAACGGUGCUCAUCGGUUUGCAAUAAUAAGUGGGAUGGACAAUGCCCAUACUAAGACGGUCGAGGAGGUGUUGGGGUACUUUGGAGUGAACGAGUCCACAGGUUUGAGCAGUGAGCAGCUGAGGAAGAAUCGUGAACGAUGGGGUCCAAACGAAUUACCAGCUGAAGAAGGGAAGUCUCUGUGGGAGUUGGUGCUGGAGCAGUUUGAGGAUUUGCUUGUGCGCAUUCUGCUGCUCGCGGCCUGCAUUUCCUUUACUCUGGCCUGGUUUGAAGAAGGGGAAGGCACCAUCACUGCUUUCGUAGAGCCUUUUGUAAUCCUCCUUAUCCUUAUCGCCAAUGCCAUUGUGGGUGUGUGGCAGGAACGCAAUGCGGAAAAUGCCAUCGAAGCACUGAAAGAAUAUGAGCCGGAAAUGGGGAAGGUGUACAGACAGGACAAAAAGAGUGUACAGAGAGUCCGAGCAAGAGAUAUUGUGCCUGGUGACAUUGUAGAAGUGGCAGUGGGUGAUAAGGUUCCAGCGGACAUCAGACUGACCUCCAUUCGUUCCACCACUCUGAGAGUGGACCAGUCCAUUUUGACAGGGGAGUCUGUCUCAGUGCUCAAACACACAGAUCCUGUCCCUGAUCCACGUGCUGUAAACCAAGACAAAAAAAACAUGCUCUUUUCUGGCACAAACAUUGCCGCAGGGAGGGCAAUAGGUGUUGUAGUAGCCACUGGCGUGCAGACAGAAAUCGGUAAAAUCAGGGACGAGAUGGCAGCCACAGACCCAGAACGGACUCCUUUACAGCAAAAACUAGACCAGUUCGGGGAGCAACUCUCAAAGGUGAUCACAGUGAUCUGUGUAGCAGUAUGGGGCAUUAACAUUGGACACUUCAGUGAUCCUGUACAUGGUGGCAGUUGGCUGAGAGGAGCUGUGUAUUAUUUCAAGAUUGCCGUGGCUUUGGCCGUAGCUGCCAUCCCCGAGGGUCUUCCUGCUGUCAUCACCACCUGCCUGGCAUUGGGCACACGUCGAAUGGCGAGAAAGAAUGCUAUUGUUCGCUCACUGCCUUCAGUGGAGACUCUGGGCUGCACAUCAGUCAUCUGCUCUGACAAAACUGGCACUCUAACCACCAAUCAGAUGUCUGUCUGCAGGAUGUUUAUCGUAGAGAAGGUUGCAGGUAGCAGGUGUGUUCUGAAUGAGUUUACAGUGACUGGAUCCACUUAUGCACCUGAAGGAGAAGUAUAUAAGGAUGGUGCAGUGCUGCGCUGCAGUCAGUACGAUGCCCUGGUAGAACUGGCUACCAUAUGUGCCCUGUGUAAUGAUUCAUCUCUGGACUACAAUGAGAGUAAAUGUGUGUAUGAGAAGGUGGGGGAAGCCACAGAGACUGCGCUGUGCUGUCUAGUGGAGAAGAUGAACGUGUUCGAAACGGACCUGAGGAGUCUUACCCCUGUCGAAAGGGCUACUGCGUGCUGUUCGGUGAUAAAACAGUUAAUGAGGAAAGAAUUGACGUUGGAAUUUUCUCGAGACAGGAAGUCCAUGUCUGUCUUCUGCACUCCUAACAAACUGUCCCGCUCUGCCACAGGAGCCAAGAUGUUUAUUAAGGGGGCACCAGAGAGCGUUUUGGAGCGUUGUUGUUGGAUCCGUGCUAGUGGUGGUGCACGAGUGCCCUUAACCUCUGACCUUAGGGAACAGCUCUUAGCCACAGUAAGAGAGUGGACUUCAGGUCGUGACACCCUACGCUGCCUUGCCAUGGCAACCAGAGACUCACCACCCGACCCACGGACCCUGAACGUGGAGAACUCAUCUACCUUUUCUGAGUAUGAGUCAGAGCUGACGUUUGUGGGGUGUGUGGGGAUGUUGGACCCUCCUAGAAAAGAGGUGCUGAACGCGGUGCGCAUGUGCAGGCAGGCUGGUAUACGCGUCAUCAUGAUCACUGGUGACAAUAAAGGCACAGCACUGUCGAUCUGCAGACGUGUCGGGAUUAUAACAGAGCAGGAGGAAGAGGAGGCAGAGGGAGCACCUUUUGGUGGAGGGCUGACUGGGCGAGAGUUUGAUGAGCUGCCGCCCCACCUGCAACGCCAAGCCUGCCUCACUACCCGCUGCUUCGCCCGCGUUGAACCAACUCACAAGAGUCGCAUUGUAGAGUACCUUCAAAGCCUCAACGAUAUCACAGCUAUGACUGGUGAUGGAGUUAAUGAUGCUCCUGCUCUGAAAAAAGCUGAGAUUGGGAUAGCGAUGGGCUCAGGGACAGCAGUGGCCAAAUCAGCUUCUGAGAUGAUCCUAGCUGACGAUAACUUCUCCACCAUAGUUGCUGCAGUGGAGGAGGGUCGAGCCAUCUACAACAACAUGAAGCAGUUUAUCCGCUACCUCAUUUCCUCUAACAUUGGAGAGGUAGUGUGUAUUUUUCUGACUGCUGCUCUGGGCAUGCCUGAGGCUCUCAUCCCAGUUCAGUUGCUAUGGGUGAAUCUGGUGACGGACGGCUUCCCUGCCACUGCACUAGGCUUUACCCCUGACCUGGAUAUAAUGUCGCGACCCCCACGCUCUCCCAAAGAGCCCCUCAUCUCAGGCUGGCUUUUCUGCAGAUACCUCAUAAUUGGCUGUUAUGUGGGAGUAGCUACAGUGGGCGCUGCGGCUUGGUGGUUCAUGGCAGCACAUGAUGGACCAAAACUCUCUUUCUAUCAACUGUCUCACUAUCUGCAGUGCAGUGAGGGACAUUCUGACUUUGCAGGAGUUCAGUGCUCUGUAUUUGAAUCACCCUAUCCUAUGACUAUGGCUCUGUCAGUGCUGGUCACCAUAGAGAUGUGCAAUGCCCUCAACAGCCUGUCUGAGAACCAGUCUCUGCUGAAGAUGCCUCCCUGGUCAAACCCCUGGCUUGUGGGUGCUAUCUGUCUUUCCAUGGCCCUCCAUUUCCUCAUCCUAUAUGUGGAUCCACUGCCUAUGAUUUUCCAGAUCCGGCCACUGUCUUGGCCGCAGUGGGUUACUGUUCUAAAGAUGUCCCUUCCAGUUAUCCUGAUGGAUGAAGCCCUGAAAUUCUUGGCAAGGAACUACAUUGAGCCAGGCACUGACCUUGAACAAGAGGAAGAGGACAGACAGAAUUAUGGCCAAGGUGUAUUUGCAGACCUGGUCGUCAAAAUACAACGAGGUCUAAAGGAUGUCUCCUGGGCAUUUGUGUUCAUUUCUGCUCCCCUUUUGUUUUGGAUUUACAGCUUGGACUCAGAUAUUAUAAACAUCUUCUGGGAAUAGUAAGCAAAGAGAAUGUAAGAAGAGGGAGUGGGUGGUUUUUAGUGGGAGAGUUGGAGGGGGGUUAAGUUCAGACAAGGUGAAUUAGGAAUAUAACACCAAAAAAGGAAAUAAAAUGAACAUACGUAUAAGCAAAAAAAAUAUAGGACAGGAAGACUUUUUGAGCAUGGACAAUCAGAAUUAUUGGGAACAUGAGAACAGAGAGGAAAACCAGGAAGGAAGGCAAUUGUCAUAUUUUCCCAAAAAACAUUCCUGUCAUCUUCAUUCCUCAUGCAUUUAAAAUAUAUUUAUAUAGCUCUAUAUUAUCUCCACUUAAACAGGCUUGUUUUCAACUCAUUCAUUUAAAUUAUUUGUUGUCUCAUCAGUUAUUUUUACAUUAGGAAUCAGACAAUACACAUUGGGCAACACAGAGCAUUCACAUCCAUGCAAAAUUAAAAUGGAGACAUUAAUGGUUAAUGGACAUUAAAUUUACCGUAUGUUCUUAUUGCGUAUUUUUUGUUGUUCUUUUUAAGCAUAUAUUUAGAAUAUUUAUUAAUCAUUCACCUGCAUGUUAGGGGAUUUGUAUUGUUUAGGAUAUGGAAAAAAACAUGUGAGACAAACAAUAACCAGAAACUCAAGACCACUAAAAGAAGGGAACUGACCGCAUGUAAAGUGAAAAGUUUACCAUGCUACAGUACCAUCAUUAUAAGCAUUAUAAUCUGGAUUAUGGGAUUUUUUUUUUUAAGUUUUGAUUCAGUAUAUUUCUGCGAAACAGGAAAAAAGGGAUUUCGCAUAUACUAAGUCCAAACAAAACACAGCACUUUUGAGACCUGUUUAAUCCCACAUUCUGACCCGUCUAUGUCAUUUAAUUUCAAUUUGAACUUUACAUCGAUUUUAGGCAGAGCUUAGCAGAAAGCUUGACUUCAAAGUCUUAAUCACUCUCUCUAUGGGAUACAAAAAACAUGUGUGCUCUUCUGAUGAAUGCUUAAGGAAAAUAUCAUCCACAUCAUCAAUUUUAUUGUUUUAACAUUCACGAGGGUCUGUAUUUUAUUUAGUAUUUUCAUUUUCCCUAAAAUAAUUAUUGCACUACAUUGUACUACAAUGUGCUAUAUCUUGAGUACAUUUCAGAUAAAAAUGCUGUUUCUCACAACUUUGAAGCGAAUACUGUACCGUACUGUACUGUACAACCUGUCAGGCUGUAACCCAGAGUUCUCAUGAAAGUUUGUGUGGAUUACGCAUCUCGCUUUUUGUCUGUAACAAUAGAACACUCCUUAAAAAGAUAUGAUGUGUAGGAGAAUGAAACUAUGACUUGCCCCAAAUUUGAAAUCUAAUUCUCAUAGAUCAGUUGUUUACUUUUGAUGUUUAAGUCCAUUUAAAUGCAAGUACUUUUGUACUUUUCCUAGAUUUAAAAUAUAAAAGGAGUACUUUUAGGUGAGUAAAAUUUAAGCAGGACAUUUGACUUGCAAUUAGAGAAAUGGUGUAUUUCAUGCACCACUGUUAAACAUGCAAUAUAAGAGCAUAGAAAUCCGAUUUAUUAGUUGUAAUAUGGUUCACUCAAGAUUUCUCAUCUGCAGAUGAGUUACUGUCACUGUUGCCUAAGGUAUGCUGUAAUGUCUGAGUGUCGUGAAAAACAAACUGAUUCAUACAGUACAUUUUACUGCACCACUCUGUUUGUAACCUUCCAUUUUUAGUGAGAUUUCUACAGUUCACUCUUUAUCACAUUAAUAUUACACCAUAUUUGUGUUGAAGAUAUUUGUGUUUUUUAAAUGUUCUAUUGCCAGAGGAAAAAGAAGGGCUGUAACUGCAAAAUAAAUAAAAACAAAACAUAUAAAUUGUGUUCUAUUUUUAUUUCCCUAUUCUAUGUUGUCAAUUAUAGUUAAAUUUACAUUUAUUGCAGAAAAUAACAAUAAAACUUUCAUGGACUUUUAGGUUGUUCAAGUCGUUUAUUUUCAAAAAUGUUUUUUCACAUGUAUAAAAUGUUUUUUUUUUGUGUGUGUUGUGUUAAUAGGUACCAUUGUCAUAACUUUUCUUUGAUGGGAAAAAAAAGCUCAAUGGAAUGGAAAUAAAAAGUACAUUUAAAAUGA